GUGUGGCGGCGUCUCCAUGGUGACUGGGCUGUUCCUAGGGAGGCUGUGAUGGGUUGACAGGUGCGUGACAGUCGGAGCUCUCUGCAGGCAUGUACGGCAAAGGCAAGAGCAACAGCAGCGUCCCGUCCGACAGCCAGGCCAGGGAGAAGUUAGCACUAUAUGUAUAUGAAUAUUUGCUCCAUGUAGGAGCACAGAAAUCUGCGCAGACAUUUUUGUCAGAGAUAAGAUGGGAAAAAAACAUCACAUUGGGCGAACCUCCAGGAUUCUUACAUUCCUGGUGGUGUGUAUUUUGGGAUCUCUACUGUGCAGCUCCAGAAAGACGUGAAACAUGUGAACAUUCAAGUGAAGCUAAAGCCUUUCAUGACUAUAGCGCUGCAGCAGCUCCCAGUCCAGUGCUAGGAAACAUUCCCCCAGGAGAUGGCAUGCCAGUAGGUCCUGUACCACCGGGGUUUUUUCAGCCUUUCAUGUCCCCCCGAUACCCUGGAGGCCCAAGACCACCUUUAAGAAUACCCAAUCAGGCACUUGGAGGUGUUCCAGGAAGUCAGCCAUUAUUGCCAAGUGGAAUGGAUCCAACACGGCAACAAGGCCAUCCGAAUAUGGGCGGACCUAUGCAGAGGAUGACUCCUCCUAGAGGAAUGGUUCCACUAGGACCUCAGUCUGACCCUUGGUUAUCAUUGCAGAACUAUGGAGGUGCAAUGAGACCCCCACUGAAUGCUUUAGGUGGCCCUGGAAUGCCUGGAAUGAAUAUGGGUCCAGGAGGUGGCAGACCUUGGCCAAACCCUACAAAUGCCAAUUCUAUACCAUACUCUUCUGCGUCGCCUGGGAAUUACGUAAUUUCUAUGCCUCUAGAACCAUUGGGAACAAGAAACUCAUUGACCAUUUAUCUUCCAUGUUUGAAGACACAAAAUCUAGCUGUUAACUCAAAACUAUCUACAUCCUGGGGUCCACCAGGAGGAGGAGGGCCACCAGGAACACCCAUCAUGCCUAGUCCAGCAGAUUCAACCAACUCUGGGGACAACAUGUACACUUUAAUGAAUGCAGUACCUCCUGGACCCAAUAGACCUAAUUUUCCAAUGGGACCAGGGUCUGAUGGCCCUAUGGGUGGAUUGGGUGGAAUGGAUUCACAUCAUAUGAAUGGAUCAUUAGGCUCAGGAGACAUGGACAGUAUCUCCAAAAACUCUCCCAGUAAUAUGAGCAUGAGCAAUCAGCCCGGGACUCCUCGAGAUGAUGGCGAAAUGGGAGGAAACUUUUUAAACCCCUUUCAGAACGAAAGUUACUCCCCCAGCAUGACAAUGAGUGUGUGAUCCAUUACCAAGUCUCUUCGUGAAGGCUGCACUGAGUUGGCCCUCUCCAGAGAGCUACUAAAGAAGAAAAUUUACUCAUCCCUGUGUACAGUUUAACAGAAAAGAUCUCUGCCACAAUUGGACCCAUCAUUUUUCCCCCAUCCAUCUUUCCAGUUUUGUGAAGAAAGUGGGUCCUGAUCUGAUUUCAUCAUCUAUAAUUUGUGGCAUAUCAGAGCUGCCCAAGACUGAACUGCAAACAGUUAUCUGUGUAUGUAUAUGUAGGGAUAGGUGUAUGUAUGUGUGUGUUACAGAGACAUAGAUAUGCGCACAUACAUAUAUAGACCUGCAGGACAUUGUAAAAUAUUAUCACAUGACAUCUUAAGUAGAAAUAAGAAAUAGGGACUUUUAUUCCAUCUUUUUUCACGUUUACAUUUUAACUACUAAAAGAACUGCUUCCCUCUCCCCAUCUGAACUGUUUUGUGCUGUGUAUAUCACUGCUUUGUAAGUUAUUUUUUUAAGAAGAUCUCAGAUAAGUUGUUUUUUGUCAUUGUUUGCCAUAAUGAAUAGGAAUAAAACUACUUAUAAGAGGG